CAGACACACCAGCAGCUUCAGACAGACAGAGCUCCAGACAGUUUACAUCAGCAGCUGCAGCCUCCACCUGACGCCUUCAUACACCUGAGUACAUUUUGCUGCAGAUACUUUUGUACUUUUAGGAACAAUGUCUGCUGUCUACGUCCUCCUCCUGCUGCUCCCUCUGGUGUCUGCACAGACCUAUCACUGGGGUCCCUGUCCUAACCCCAAGGUGCAGCCCAACUUCAAGCUUGAACAGUAUCUGGGCAGGUGGUAUGAGAUCGAGAAGCUCCCUGCUUCCUUCGAGAAAGGAAAAUGCAUCGAAGCCAACUACGCCGUGAGGAGCGAUGGAACCAUUCGGGUGCUGAACUCUGGGUUCGAUAAAGACAAAGUGACUGCAAUAGAAGGGACAGCGGUGAUUCAAGACCCGAGAGAACCUGCCAAACUUGGAGUCGGCUUCUCGUACUUUGCUCCCUACGGCUCCUACUGGAUUCUGACCACUGACUACACCAGCUUGUCCGUUGUUUACUCUUGCACCGACAUCUUCCGCAUAUUCCGCUUCGAAUUUGCCUGGGUCCUCGGCCGGUCGCGCUUCAUGCCAGCGGAGACCUUAAGCUACGCCAAAGGGCUGCUGAUCAAAGAAGGAAUUGACAUCUCCGGGAUGAAGGCCACAGGUCAGAUGGGCUGCAAGGAUAACUAGGGAUUCAUGGAGACUUCUGCUCAUUUCACUGUCAUCGGCUUUUUUGUUGCUGCUUUUAAUUAUUUUUAAGAAAAGUAAAUUCAUUUUUGUGAAGAAAAAAUAAAACAAUAUUGAUCUUAAUACAAUUUACACUUUAAAUCAAAAUUACGUGGUGGAAUAAAACUCAUUU